AUGUACCACGACCCGGCGCAUGAAAAGCAAUGGCUAGAAAUGAUUGGGUCGACAGGCAUUGGUCUUAUUCUGAAAAGCAUUAAGAUCGAUUAUAAAUUCCCGAUGACAUACCCAGACCAAAUCAGCGUGUACCACAAGCUGGCCCAUGCACCGCCGUCCCUGUCUUCACCCAACCCCAACGCCUACUCUGACCUAGUUUUUGAUGUAGUGAUUUUAUCUGAGGCCAAACAGCGAGUGGCAGCGCGCUGCCAUGAAGUUGUCGUGCUGUACGAUUAUCGGAUUGGUAAGAAGGUUUCCGAGCUUCCCCAGUAUAUGAUAGAUCAGUUUAGGCACACGUGGGAGCUUCAGCAGGAAGCCAAGAGAACCAAUAGACAGAGGAUGCAGGAAAUAGACGACCGGAUAAGGGACUUGGAGGUGCAGAGUUGGGAUCGCAAGGGCGCAGUUGAGGACAUGGGCUCUGUAGGGUAG